UCGGGUCGGGUCGAACUAACUGACUUGAUCCGGGUUUGUCAGGACGGACACUAUCGCUCUUCUUCCUCGUCUUUACGCGAAGAACUCUUGCUCUCGUCUCUUUCUGACUCUCCUUCUCGAUUCAUCUUUGCUGCAACGUGAGCUUUUUGUUUAACAAUGGCUGCGGAAGACAAGUGGUGCGUGGUGACCGGAGGGAGGGGUUUUGCCGCUCGGCAUCUGGUGGAAAUGUUAAUCCGGCAAAACGAAUAUUGCGUUCGCAUCGCCGAUUUGGAAGACAGCAUUGUUCUCGAGCCCCCCGAACAGUUGGGGCUUCUCGGCCAGGCCUUGAGCUCCGGCCGGGCCCAAUACGUCUCCCUCGAUCUUCGCAACAAGGCCCAAGUCCUUAAAGCAUUAGAAGGAGUUGAGGUUGUGUUCCACAUGGCUGCUCCAAACUCUUCCAUUAACAACUACCAACUUCAUUAUUCCGUCAAUGUGCAAGGGACAAAGAAUGUCAUCGAUGCUUGCGUGGAGCAGAGGGUGAAGCGACUCAUUUACACCAGCUCUCCCAGCGUUGUUUUCGAUGGCGUUCAUGGAAUUCAUAAUGCUGACGAAACAAUGCCUUAUACACCUUCGCCUAAUGACCAUUACUCAGCUACGAAAGCCGAGGGUGAGACGUUGGUUAUUAAAGCUAAUGGGACUAAUGGGCUCCUAACGUGUUGUAUACGCCCUAGUAGCAUUUUUGGGCCCGGUGAUAGACUGUUGGUGCCUACACUUGUUGAUACUGCCAGAAAAGGGAAAUCCAAGUUCCUUAUUGGCGAUGGAAAUAAUGUUUAUGAUUUCACAUAUGUCGGAAAUGUGGCUCAUGCCCAUAUAUGUGCUGAACGAGCUUUGGCUUCAGAGGAGCCAGUUUCGGAGAAAGCUGCUGGAGAGGUAUAUUUCAUAACAAAUAUGGAGCCUAUGAAAUUUUGGGAGUUCGUGUCAGUGGUAUUGGAUGGUCUUGGAUAUGAAAGGCCAAGAAUAAAGAUACCUGCUGCUGUUAUCUUGCCCAUUGCGCAUUUGGUGGAAUGGAUAUAUAGGCUGCUUGGCCCAUAUGGGAUGCAGGUUCCUCAGUUAACCCCUUCAAGGAUUAGACUCGUGACCUGCAGCAGAACUUUCGAUUGCUCAAAAGCAAAGGAUCGCCUUGCCUAUGCCCCCAUCGUAACAAUGCAGGAGGGCCUGCUGAGGACAAUUGAAUCAUAUGCACACUUGAAGGCAGAAAAUCAACCUAAAACUAAAAGAGAAGGUCCCUCAAAAGCUUCCAAAUAUCUUGGAAAUGGAAGAGUGGCUGACACAUUGCUUUGGAAGGAUAAAAAGCGAACUCUCAUCACAUUGUUUGUCUUGAUUGCUAUAUACUUCAACUUCAUUGCAUCUGAAAAUACCAUCAUUAGUGCUCUGACAAAAGUUCUAUUGUUCACAUCGAUCUUUUUAUUCAUUCAUGGCAUUCUACCUGCAAAAAUGUUGGGGUAUACUGUUGAGAAAAUGCCCAAAUCAUGGUUUCAUUUGUCAGAAGAUAGAUCACAUAAAUUUGCUCUCUCAGUGGCCUCGUCAUGGAAUAUUGCUGUGAAUGUUUUGAAGUCCCUUGCAGAAGGGAAUGAUUGGGUAUUGUUAUUAAAGGUUGUUCUCUAUCUGUUCAUUCUUAGCUUCCUUGGAGCCUUUUCACUUCAGAACUUGUAUACUAUAGGAGUUACAUUUGCAUUUAUAGCUUUCUACGUAUACCAACAGAAGGAGGCAGACAUAGAUGACAUAUUUAUAAAAACACAUUCUUUUAGUUGCAAAUUGAAAUCUGAUCUCACCAAAAAGUUUCUUUCUUCAAAGAAGAUUGAUUGAUAGGCUUUUUUCUUAGAUAGUUGCGCGUUAAAUAUUCUAUUGAGUUCCAUGUAUGACUGUACUAUAAUUAUAAUUUAAUUUGAUAUUCGACCAACUUGCGAAAUUUGUUGCUA